AUGCCGCGUCCGCGCCGGCCGCCUGGUGCUGGCUCGGCCCUCACCACACUCGCCCUCGUGCUCCUCACGGGGCUGGUGGCCGCUCAGCAGCAGCAGCCACACCCUCCACCACUCGCAGCACAACACCCACCACAGCAGCCCCCCCAAGCUCCACCACACACCCCCCACGCCCCGCACCCGCCCGUCCAUGUAGACCAUGCACCGCACCUCCUCCACCACGACCACCGCGACCACGACAAUGUCCGCGACCACGCAAAGCCCGCCCACAAAGACGCGGCAGCCGACGCAGACGGCCGCCGCCCCUACCCGUCCCUCCACAGCCGCAACGUGCGCGCCCUAGCAACCAGAGUUCCUUCUGCUCCAGCCAUCAGCGCUGUCAGAGCCGAUCCUGCCAGAUAUGCAGCCUCGGGACGCCUCGUCCCCGGAGCGCGCUCUCUGCAGGAUUGGGAAGUUGAGGACUUUGUGCUCCUGGCGACCGUCGACGGCCACAUCCACGCACGCGACCGCUACAACGGCGAGGAGAUCUGGGAGCUGACGGGCCGCCCCAUGUUGGAGACCAUCUACAACGCGUCGGGCGGCAGCGUCGACCCCCAGGACCAGCCCUUUGUCUGGAUUGUCGAGCCGCGCGAGGACGGAGCCCUCUAUCUGCUCUCGCCCGGCCCCUACCCCCAUCUCCAGCACCUGGGCGUCACGGUCAAGCAAUUGGCCGAGAAUGCACCUUAUUCGAGCGACGACCCGGGCCUUCCGGUCGUGUACAAUGUCGAGAAGAAGACGUUUAUGCUGCUCGUCGACGCCGCCUCGGGCAUCGUCAAGCAGAGCUUCAGCUCCAGCGGCUCCUUCCCCCACGACGACAGCUGUGCCCCCGAGUCGACAAACUACUUUAGUGCCCGCGAGCGCGAUUGCCGGGGCGUCAUUGACAUUGGCCAGACGCAGUACACCAUCACCAUCCACAACAAGAAGACCAACGAGCACAUCUGCACCCUCAAGUACGCCGAGUGGAAUCCCAACAGCCGCGACCGGGACCUGCAGUCGCAGUACGACCAGACGCUCGACAAGCAGUACAUCUACACCACGUACAAUGGCGAGGUCAUUGCCUUUGACUACAAGCGCCCGCGGUCUCACCAACGCCCGCUGUACCGCCAGCGUCUCCCUUACCCAGUCGCACGCGUCUUUGACGUAGCCCGGCCUCUGAACGACCAGUCUGCAGACCCGCCGCUCGUCCUUUUGCCGCAGCCUGCAGGCCCCGUCUUUUCAGAGGACAAGGCCAACCAUGUCCUGCUCAACACCACCGAGUCAGGCGCCUGGUAUGCAUUGUCUGAAGUCAACUACCCUGCCGUGACCGAUGGCGCCCCAGACGCAAUGUGCUACAAGCAGAACCAAGCCGUCUACGACUGGGAUGCUGCCUACGCCCUGCCGGACAAGAAGAGCCUCGUCGGAGUCCACAGGCUCGACUACAAGAUCCCGAACCUGCCAACGCAGCUGCUCGGAAUCCCCGCCCCAACCUACUACGAGUCUAUGAAUGACCAGGUCAUCUCAAACCCACCAGCAACAUCCCCGAGGCAGCAUCAUCAGCCGCCAAGCAUUGAUGCCCCGCCAGAGACUCCCGUCGAUGGGCGGUCGUCGGUACAUGUCUACCUCUACAUCCUGGUGGCCAUCUGCCUCUUUGGCGGGGUCGGUGCCUCUGUGAAGCCCACAAUGGCCGAGUCCUGCAUGAGCUAUUUGAAGCAGCUCGUCCAUGCGAGCAACAUCAAACAGCCUCUGCCGCCAUUGGUUCCCUCGCCAGAACCUGAGGCCAAGUCAACCGACGAAAAGGUUCCUGUUCUCUCCAAUGCGGACGAGGCAACUGAAGAAAAGCCCGUCGUGGAAACCACUGACAAGGACGAAAAUGAGCCCCCUGUCGUGGUAGAGCCCAAGGAGAAGAAGGUGGUUACCUUUGCCGUGCCAAACGACCAGGAGGAAGAUCUUGCACCGCUCUCUAGGACUACAACUGCCGAUCAAGGCUCUCCAGCUGGAGAUGAGGCUGCUCUGCCCGAGGCAAAGCUCAACGCCGACGUUGAACCAACGGCCAACAGCACCGAAGACAUGUCGCAAGAUGCUGCCGCCGCGCCUGCUACACCAAAGAAGAAGAAGACACACCGAGGCAGACGAGGCGGUCGCAAGCUGAGUAAGAAUCAGCAAAAAGAAGAAGACGAGGUCAACCGCAUCGUCAAUGCAGCCAAGCAAUUGGAAGCCGGCCCCCGCCUGCAUCCAGAUGAACUCACCGUCAGCGGUAGUGAUGUGCAGAAUGUGUCUGAGAUUAAACGUAUCGGCAAACUUACCAUCGACCAAGACAAGCUCUUGGGUAACGGAAGCGGUGGUACGUUUGUCUUUGAAGGCAAAUGGAAGGAAGUCAAGGUGGCUGUCAAGCGCAUGUUGCCCCAGUACUUUGGACUUGCGGAGCAAGAGGUCAAGCUCCUACAGAACAGCGAUCCGCAUCCAAACGUCAUCCGGUACUUUGAUGAUGAACGAGACGAGAACUUUCUCUACAUCGCCGUCGAGCUCUGCCAAGCCAGUCUCUUCGACCUGUACAAAGACGGGCGGCCUGGAGAAGAGCUUAGCGAGGAACAUCAGCGUUUGGUCAACAAGAUUAGCGGCAAGGCAUCGUCGUGCCUGUACCAACUCGCUGCUGGUCUCAACCACCUCCACCACCUCCGCAUCAUACACCGCGACAUCAAGCCACAGAACAUUCUCGUCGCACAGCCUAUGAUCACAUCCAAAGACGAUGUGCGCUUGGUGAUUUCGGACUUUGGGCUCUGUAAGACUUUGCCCGACAACGUUAGUACUCUUGUGGGUACAACUGGCAACGCAGGUACCGUGGGCUGGAAAGCCCCUGAGCUCAUAACACAACCCAAGGAGUUGGCCAGUGGAAGCUCUCAAGGCUUUUCUCGCGACUCGUCGAGUUCGACGGAUCCGGUCGCACAGGGUGUCAAGCGCGCCGUAGACAUCUUCUCCCUGGGCUGCGUCUUCUACUACGUACUGACGGGUGGCUGCCAUCCAUUUGACGACGAGGAGGGCUGGAUGCAGAUUCGAGAAUACAACAUCAAGAAGGAAAAGUCUAAUCUUGACCGCCUUCUUCUCGGAGCUGACUCAGUGGAACCACACCACCUCAUCCAAUGGAUGCUUCGACCACGCCCUGAAUCCCGCCCGACGGCCCUUCAGGUCAUGAACCACCCCUUCUUCUGGGACGACCAGAAGCGGCUCGACUUUUUGUGUGACUGUUCUGACCACUGGGAGCGAGAGCCCCGAGACCCACCAUCGGACCACCUCUUGCAGCUUGAAGAAUACGCACAGGAUGUCCUUGACCACCGACGUAACUUCCUGGCCAAGCUCGAUCCCGGCUUCGUCAACUCUCUGGGCAAGCAGCGCAAGUACACGGGCGACCGGAUGUUGGACUUGUUGAGGGCGUUGCGCAACAAGAAGAACCACUACGAGGACAUGGAGGAUGCCAUCAAGGCCAAGGUUGGGCCGCUGCCGAGUGGAUAUCUGAGGUACUGGACUGUCAAGUUUCCGCAGUUGCUCAUGAGCUGCUAUGAGGCGGUGCUGGCAUGUGAUUUGGAGUGUGAGCCAAGGUUCAAGAAGUAUUUUGAGAGUGCCAAGUAG